AUGGAUCAAGCAUCGAAUCCUACUGCAAUUAAUAAUUACUUGUCUGGUAUUGAAGUUUUGAGUGGAACUAAUUUUCAGGAACAAAUUGGAAUUGUUUUGGGAAUUAUGAAUUUAGACUAUGCAUUAAGAGAGCCAGCACCUACAAAGCCUAAUGAUACAAGUUCUAAGGAACACAUAGAUUUAUAUAAAAAAUGGGAACACUCUAAUCGCUUAAGUCUAAUGAUUAUGAAAAGCCCAAUUACGCCUGUAAUUCAAGGAGCAAUCCCUACUUCUGAAAGUGCAGUGGGCUAUAUGAAAUCUAUUGAAGAACAAUUCAUUGGAACUUCCAAAUCCCUUGCUAGUACUCUCAUGAUUAAAAUGAUGACAAUGAAAUAUGAUGGUUUGAGUGGUGUUCGUGAACAUAUCUUAAAGAUGAAUGACAUGGCCUCUUAA